CUAGUAAAACAAAACCAAAAAACAAAGAUCUGUUAAGGCAGAUACAAUCGUCGAGAGUUGAUUUUAAAUGCUUGCCGUCAAGAUUGGCUUGGGUUUCGUCCACAACUAGUAACGAAGCGCCACUAAUUGCACAGAUGGCGAACCAGUGUGUGACCAAGAUCGAGCUUUCCAUAUCCUGUAAAAAUCUCCUGGAUAAAGAUGUGGGCUCUAAGUCGGAUCCCCUGUGCGUCCUUCUGCAGAGUGUGGGCGAUGACAAGUGGACGGAGGUGGACCGCACAGAGAAAGUGAAGAACUGCCAGGAUCCAGAGUUCUCUAAGAGGCUAUGUAUUGACUAUUAUUUUGAGAAAGUGCAGAAGCUGAAGCUGGGUGUCUACGACAUUGACAACAAGUCUGUAGACUUAAAAGAUGAUGACUAUUUGGGAGGUUAUGAGUGCACCCUUGGCCAGAUUGUGUCAAGUAAGAAGAUUACUAACCCCCUUCAACUUAAGAUAGGCAAACCAGCUGGCAAAGGCACUAUAACGAUUGUGGCAGAGGAAGUGAAGGAUAACAGAGCCAUUGUGCUGGAGGUGGAAGCCAGAAACCUGGACAAGAAGGACUUGUUUGGUAAAUCUGAUCCUUUCCUUGAGUUCUUCAAGCAAGAUGACGAUGGCAAAUGGCUGCUAGUCCACAGGACAGAGGUCAUUAAGAAUAAUUUGAAUCCAUCCUGGAAAAAGUUGACUGUUUCUCUGCAUACAUUCUGUAGUGGUGACUUAAACAAACCAAUCAAGGUCCACUGCUCUGACUAUGAUAAUGAUGGCUCACAUGAUCUGAUUGGCGUUUUCCAAACUAAUGUGUCCGAGCUUCUGAAAGCAGACAGUGGUUCUGCGGUGGAGUUUGAGUGUAUUCAUCCAGAGAAGCAGAAGAAGAAAAAGAGCUAUAAGAAUUCUGGUGUGGUCCGCAUUAAAUAUUGCAAGAUUGAAGCCCAGUACACAUUCCUGGAUUAUGUGAUGGGAGGUUGCCAAAUCAAUUUCACGGUGGGAAUAGAUUUCACUGGCUCUAAUGGAGAUCCUCGCUCUCCUGAAUCUUUGCACUACCUAAGUCCCAAUGGCGUGAACCAGUACCUUACUGCCAUCUGGUCUGUGGGCCAGGUGAUUCAGGACUAUGACACGGACAAACUAUUUCCUGCUUUUGGAUUUGGUGCUCAAGUGCCUCCAGAUUUCAAGGUGUCGCAUGAGUUUUCUCUGAACUUCAACCCCAGCAGCCCCUAUUGCCAAGGAAUAGAUGGAAUUGUGCAGGCAUAUCGCAUGGCUCUGCCACAAGUCCGACUUUAUGGCCCCACUAACUUCUCCCCUAUCAUCAACCAUGUAGCCCGCAUCGCUGCCACAGCUGCUCAACAGCAAAACGCAGCGCAAUACUUUGUGCUGUUGAUCAUAACUGAUGGAGAGAUCACUGAUCUGGACCAGACAAAGCAAGCCAUAGUGAACAGCUCCAAGCUGCCCAUGUCCAUUAUCAUAGUGGGUGUCGGAGAAGCUGACUUCAAGGCCAUGGAGGUUCUGGACGGUGAUAACGGUGUGCUUAAAUCUCCAACUGGAGAGCCAGUGGCCAGAGACAUCGUUCAGUUCGUACCUUUCAAAGACUUCGCCAAUGCUACUAGAGAAUCUCUGGCUCAGACAGUCCUAGCUGAGGUGCCCAAUCAACUGGUGUCAUACUUCAAGAUGAGAAAUCUCAGCCCAGUUAAUCCUCCUGCUCCCAGGAAGUAGAGGCAGAUGUCUGCAGAAGUGGGAAUGGCCACUAGAGGGCUUUUAACAGGGAAGAAUAUACAUGAAGACUGGUUUUGUAUUAUGAUGUUCAGAUCUUGCCAAUUAUGCAUGCUAUAGUAACUUUAUCUUUUAGAGAUCAUAUCUUAUUUUUACAGUUCACUGCUUUCUCAGAAGCAUUAUAAUUCAAAAGUUUGAGUGUCACUCAAAUUUUAUUAUUCAAUGAUUGAUUUUGAGAUGUAUAACAAAAUUAUUAUUAAUAUUGGCAAGAUUGGGCUACAAAUGACAGUGAAUGUAAUACAUUUGAAACAGUGAAUGCAGUACAUUUCCAGUGGACUGACAGAACUAUAAUUCAUUUUAUACCACUGGGCAUUCUCCUUGUGUGGCUGUUGAUAGGCUGAAUGCAGAAGAGGGAAACAUUGUGAUGAUUUAGAUUUUUACGAGUAUUCCACAUCUCUCACUAAAUUAGCUUUGCAGUGUUUGACACCUUUAAGAUAAGACAUUGUUCACACAUGGGUUUAUGUACCAUUAACUAUCAUUUGUGGCUUAAUUAAGAUAAGGGACUAAAUGCACUCCAAAUCAUUAAACCUUCCUUAUUCAAUUAAAAGCUCAAAAACCUAUAAUGCCUUUGAGAAUGUGCAGUUCUUAACCUGAAUUCAGCAAACAUAUGAAUGACUUUGCAUCAGCCUGUUACACAUCCGUAGAGCUUCCGAGCCACCUGUCUAUGCAGUGUUAGAAUGUUAAAUCACCUCAUCCCUUAAUUGUGUUUUAAUUGGGGUUGGAUUUUGGCCUUUUUAUUUUGUGGAAAGCUGUUACAGCCUUCUGUUUAACAGUAACAUUUUUGCACUAUUCAAUGAACGAUGCUGAUAGAUUACAAAGCAAAUCUGUACUUGAAAUCAAACAAGUAAUUUUGUUUGACCCAGCAGUUACCAGAUACUGGAAUUAAUGAAUUGGAGCAGGUUUUCCUGUUUUUCAUGUUGAAUGCUGUUGCUGUUCUGACAACUCGUGCACUGUGUUUUGUUCUGUGCAGUGCACAAAUAUUUGUUAAGUGAGAAAGCAUCUCAUUCACAGUGAAACAAAAUGAAAGCAAGUCUAAUUUUAAGAAAUUGGGAAUGAAAAUAAAUGAUAGAUACUGAUGUUAAACUAAUUUUUUCUAGUUCAUUUAUAGCAUCAGGGAGAGAACAUCCUGACAUAAUAUGUAUAGCUAAACAAACUGUUGCCUAAGACUGAUAUAGUAGUGGGUAGUUUUCUGAGGAGUCUAACUUAAGAUCAUGAAAUGCCUCAUAAUAAAGCAUUUGAGGUUACAUCAUAACAAUAGCCGCUUUAAACUGGAAAACCUGAUAUUGCAAACAAUUCUCUGCAGUGAAAGACUAUAAUUAUAUUAUAAUAAUAUAAUGUGUAAUUAAAGAGUAGCAUGUAGGUGUACUGAUGGGAGCAUAAUUAAUCUCCGAGUUGACUAGAGCCAUUACUUUUUUUUUUUUUUGUGAAAUUGCUGGAUGUUUUAUUAGGUUUCCUGUUCUACCGACCAACCACUUGCCCAUAUUGCACUUUUUAUUGAAAGUUCAACGAGAACCGAAUACUAUUAACAGUACGAUAGUAGACAUUUAGUAAAACAUUGACUUUUGCCAAAUAUGCAGCUGUUUGCACCUUAUGUCUUGGAGAUAAACUACCCUCAGUCAGAAAGCCUAAAUACAAUAUCAUCGAAUUUACCAUUACUACAUAAUGCCUUAUGGGACCAUUGCAAAGUGACAAUGAAAAUAUUUCUAGUAUCUCUACUGGAAAUCAGAUGAAUAAGGUUGUUAAUAAUCAAUUUCCAAAUAUUGUCAGCAUUUGCUUCUUCUGUUUUGUUGUUCAUCUUUUACAUACCACUUUGUAAAGUGCCCUUUAUUUUUACAAGUAAAAAAUUUAAUUUCA